GUUAAAUAUUGCUGGCUUUGUGUGUCUUUGUGUGCCAUUAUGUGCUUCUAUGUAAGGCUGUGAAUGCAUAUGUUAAUAUUCUACUUGCUUUUGUUUUUGUUAAGAAACUAAUUGGAUCCUAAUACUUUCCUUUUCUAAGUACUAGUGAUAAUUCUUUUAGUGGUGUAUCUAGUGCUAGUCAUGCAUUUAACAUCUUAAAUAGUUCUAGAUUGGCAUCUGCGUAGUAUGAGCCACUAAAAAGUUGCGAUAUUUACUUGGCAUUGGUCAACAUGGUGGCUGAAUUGCUUCAUCUAAAAUAGAUAAAAGGUUGGAAAAAUAUAUGGGAUACUCACAAAACAAUUUCAUACUAGAAAACACUAAAAGAAAAAGAAAAGGAGAAAAGUUACUUAAUUGCCUUGGUCGAAGACAUCAAAAAAUUCCUGAAAGGAAUAAAAGUGUCCCAAAUAUAUGGCGGUAGACUCAAUCUUUAUAUAAAUUUUCAUAAAAUGACAAAUUUGCGAAUUCUACCUCAUAAUUCAAAGGGGUGUAAUAAAUGGCAUUUUUUUCAUUACACUUGCUAAAAUGGAUAUGUGAUUUCUGUUGGUGAGGAAUGAAAAUGAUUGGUAUAAUUGUUAGAAUAGUUGUUGAUCUUGAAUUCUUGCAUGAAAUAGAUAGCUGGCAAAAUUUUCUCAUUAGUUUUAGAGAUCCUCUUGAGUGCGAUAGGUACCUUGAUAUAUUUUGUUUUAAUUAAAUUCCAUCUUUAGGUGCUUUUCUUUUGUAUCUCUAUAUACUUGGAAUUAUGAAUUAUCAUGUUGGCUGGAAGCGGUUAUAUGGCUGAGUAAAGUUUCUGCUUCUCCAAUUUUACUAAUAAAGGGUUUAACAGUACAAUUUUGAACAUGGUUUACUGGUUGGUUUUGUCUUUGUUUAACCUAGUGUACUGUUAUGUUUUAUCUUGUAUUUAACUCUUGCAGCUUUGCUAGUUGAAAAUGGGAAAUUUCUUCUUUCUGCAAAGAGAACCCGUCGAACUACAUGCACUGAGUAUAUAAUUUCCAUGGAUGCUGACAACAUUUCACGAUCAAGCAGCAAAUAUAUCGGAAAGCUGAGAUCAAACUUCCUUGGGACGAAGUUUAUAAUAUAUGACACACACCCUGCUUACACCUCUGCCAGUAUUCUUCCUCCAGGACGAACAAGUAGAAGAUUUUAUUCAAAAAAGGUCUCGCCGAAAGUACCUACAGGCAGCUACAACAUAGCCCAGAUUACUUAUGAGCUAAAUGUGCUUGGUACCCGAGGUCCGCGGAGAAUGCACUGCAUGAUGCACUCAAUUCCAGCCUCAGCACUUGAGGCAGGUGGAAGUGUCCCUGGCCAACCGGAAAUUCUUCCCAGUGCUCUUGAAGACUCCUUCCGUAGUGUCUCCUUUUCAAAGUCUCUUGAUCAUUCAGUUGAGUUCAGCAGCUCUCGUUUUUCUGAAAUUGGUAGGUCAUGUCACGAGGAUGAUGAUGGAAAAGCGAGACCCUUGGUUCUCAAAAACAAGCCCCCAAGAUGGCAUGAGCAAUUGCAGUGUUGGUGCCUGAAUUUCCGAGGACGAGUGACUGUUGCAUCUGUUAAAAACUUUCAGUUGAUUGCUGCCAUGCAGCCUGCUGCUGGUGCACCCACACCAUCUCACCCAGCUCCACCAGAGCAUGAUAAAAUCAUUCUUCAGUUCGGCAAGGUUGGGAAGGAUAUGUUCACGAUGGAUUACCGAUAUCCUUUAUCUGCUUUUCAGGCUUUUGCAAUAUGCUUGAGCAGCUUUGACACCAAAUUGGCUUGUGAAUAAAUAGAAUGAUGAAAGGUGACCUAAGUUUGAGCAAAAAGCAGAAACUGCUGACAAUUUAUGCUCUUGUUUUUUCUGUUAGUGUCAUCACUAGCGUAGGAAAUUGUUGUCAAAUGUUAAUUCUUAACAGUGUUGCAACUCUGGGGGGUGGCCCUGAUAAUAGGGUUUCAUAAUUGUAAACUGGAAUCUUAUAUUUCUGCCUUCAUUGUAUGUCAGUUUCCUGGAUGUUUGCCUGCUUACAUUGACCUGUA